CACAGUAGGAAUCUCUAACAACAGACUAGAAAGAACGAAGUCUAUAGAGGAGAAAAGACCUGGGCUAACGUCCCCAGUUUUUGUAUAGCUACAACCUGGUCCUCAUGUUUAGCUGACCGGCGCUAGCAUCCUACUGACCAUGCAGGCGCUCCUGUUACCGUUAACUGCUCUCCUACUGGUCCUGUUUGGGAAAUCCGAGAGUGCGGGAUGCCAUGGUUGUGGAACAUGUGACUGCAGUGGAGUAAAAGGGCAAAAGGGUGACAGAGGUUUACCAGGAUUACAAGGUGUAAUGGGAUUUCCUGGAUUACAAGGACCAGAGGGACCUAUCGGACCUAUCGGACCCAAGGGUGAUGCUGGGGAAAGAGGAUAUCCUGGAUUAAAAGGAGCUCGGGGCCUUCCUGGUUCACCAGGAUUUCCUGGUACACCCGGAAUUCCGGGUAUUCCAGGUCAAGAUGGCCCUCCAGGCCCUCCAGGUAUUCCAGGAUGCAAUGGAACAAAAGGUGAACUUGGCCCCAUCGGAUCCCCAGGAUUAGUAGGACUGCAAGGUAUUCCAGGCCCCCCAGGAUUACCAGGAUUAAAGGGUGAACCGGGAGACCUAAUUGGAGGACCGAUUAUCAAAGGAGAAAAAGGUUUACCUGGCAGGCCUGGCAUACCAGGUUUGCCAGGAUCUCCAGGAUUGCGAGGCCCAGUUGGCCAACCUGGUUUCCAAGGAGUGCAGGGUCCCCCUGGUCCUCCAGGCAUACCUGGUCAAAAAGGCAACAUGGGCUUGUACUUUCAAGGAGAAAGGGGAGAAAAAGGUGAUAAAGGUCUCACAGGUCCACGAGGUCUUCCAUGCCCAUUACCAGAACUUAUAGAACCUCCGGUGGAGAAAUUUGUGCCAGGAGACAAGGGAGAAAUGGGAGAAAAAGGGCAAACUGGUGAUCAAGGAAUAUGUGAUGUCACCAAAGGUGAAAAAGGUGAACCCGGACACCCCGGUCCUAGAGGAAAACCUGGAAAAGAUGGAGAAACAGGAUUGCCAGGAUUCAAGGGUGAACCUGGUUUUCCAGGACUUGAAGGCUUCCCUGGCAGAGAUGGCAUGAAGGGAGACAAAGGCGAUAUUGGUUUACCUGGCCCAGCAGGUCCCGUCAUUGCUUCCCCUGAUGCUAGAGGUGAAAAAGGUGAACCAGGUGAUGGAGGGUUGCCAGGUGCAAAGGGUGACCGAGGUCCUCCUGGUAUCAAAGGCAGUCCUGGUAUUCCAGGUACAUCUCUUAGAGGUCCUCCAGGCCCUCAAGGAUUUCCAGGAGAGCGAGGUCCAAAGGGUGACCAGGGAUCCCCUGGAUUGUCUCUUCCAGGGAUAGAUGGCCGAGAUGGUGAUCCAGGACCCCAAGGACCAAGAGGUCCUCCAGGACCCCCAGGACCCGUAUGUGAUUUGCCAGGUCCAGAGGGCAAAAGAGGGCCAGAUGGGUUUCAAGGUGAAGCAGGAGAGAAAGGUGAUAAGGGAGACACAUGCUUUGAGUGUGGAAUUGGAAGACCUGGACCACCUGGACCACAAGGGGAAACAGGGCCACAAGGUUUUCCAGGAGAAGUGGGCAGAAAAGGCGACCAAGGUUUUCCAGGAUUUAAAGGACUACCAGGCCCCAUUGGUCCUCCAGGAGUACCAGGGGAGCCUGGAUUCCCUGGGCAAAAGGGUGAGCCUGGCGAUGCACUUAUACCUCCUGGCUUAAAAGGUGACAAAGGUGAUCCUGGGUUUCCUGGUCAACCAGGUGUGCCUGGAAGAACUGGUUUGCCUGGAAGUAAUGGUAUUCCCGGCCUUCCAGGUCCUAAGGGUGAAUCAGCUCUUAUAGGUUUUAAAGGAGAUCGUGGUCCACCAGGUGAUGAAGGGAUACCUGGGCUACAAGGUGAAAGAGGUCCCCCUGGUCCUGCUGUGAGUGGCCCCUUCGGUCCACCAGGAGAAAAAGGUUACCAAGGAGUUCCAGGAACCCCUGGUAUUCCUGGAGUACCAGGACUUAAAGGUGAACCUGGUAAAGACAUUUCAGAGCCAGGGCUAUCCGGACCCGCUGGAGAGCCAGGAUACCCAGGGAUGCCUGGUAUUCCAGGUGAAAAGGGUAGCCCAGGAGUUGCAGGACUAAGAGGAUUUUCAGGAGAGAAAGGUGAUCGUGGCCCUCCAGGAACAGGGCUGCCAGGACCUACUGGCCCUAAAGGUUUUGCUGGUCUUCAAGGUCCACCAGGUCAACCAGGUGCUCAAGGAAUUCAGGGGCAGCCUGGGCUGAAAGGACAAAAAGGGGAGUCAGGUCAGAAGGGUGACCCUGGAUUAGGCCUUCCUGGUCCCAAAGGACAGCCAGGACCUAAAGGACUGACAGGUAUUCCUGGAGAAAAAGGAGAUGCUGGGUUGCCAGGCAUUCCAGGACAGCCUGGUGAUCCUGGACCCCUUGGUGUCAAAGGAGAAAAAGGUGUUCCAGGACCUAUUGGAGAACAGGGUCCUCGUGGCCCUCAUGGCAUACCAGGAAUUGGUAUGGAGGGGCCACCAGGACCACCAGGUGAACCAGGAUUAGAAGGACCAAUUGGACCUCAGGGAAUAAAGGGAGAGAGAGGUUUUCCAGGAUUUCCAGGGUUAGAUAUGCCUGGACCAAAAGGCGAUAAAGGUAGCCAAGGGAUGCCAGGCCAUCCAGGUGCCAUGGGUAUGCCUGGUGUGCCUGGUCCGCAAGGAAGACAAGGAGAUCCUGGGAUUCCUGGUCCAAAAGGAGAUAUGGGAGUGAUGGGACCCCCUGGAUAUGAAGGUUCUCCUGGGCUAAAAGGCAGUCAUGGCCUUGAGGGGGAGAAAGGUGAUACUGGUUCACCUGGCUUUCCAGGAGAGAGAGGAUAUCCCGGUGAAAAAGGUGUGAAAGGUGAAAUGGGUGUGCAGGGAUUAGCUGCAUCAUGUGACAAAAUGAUGGAGCAAAUGAAAGGAAUAAAGGGAGAAAAAGGAAGUACAGGUGUUACAGGCCAAACUGGAGAGAAAGGAUAUCAAGGUGUACAAGGAAGCACUGGAGUUGCAGGAGCAGAUGGCAUGCCAGGAAAGGAUGGAAUGCCAGGGCCUAAAGGAGAUCUAGGUUCACGGGGUGAACCAGGUGCAACAGGAGAACAAGGACCUAAGGGAAGCACUGGUGAAAUGGGCUAUCCAGGUUCACCAGGAGAAAAGGGACUUCCUGGUGAAAAAGGUUACCAGGGCUUGCCAGGCUCUUCUGGAUUACCUGGAGAGAAAGGAGUGAAGGGGGAAGCUGGCCUGCCAGGAAUCGGUAUUCCAGGACCUCCUGGUGAAAAGGGUGACCCAGGCUUCGAAGGUAUCAGAGGUCCUUCUGGAGGGAAGGGUGAAAAGGGAAUUGCUGGCAUUCCAGGCAUGCCUGGUUAUCCUGGAGAUAAAGGUGAUAUUGGACUCCCAGGACAAUCAGGAAGUCCUGGGCUUCCCGGUGAAAAAGGAGAGAAAGGAAUACAAGGUUUACCUGGAGUAAAAGGAGCAGCAGGAAGAUCAGGUGAGCCUGGUCUUCAGGGUGGAAGGGGCUUAACUGGAGAAAAGGGUCAACCAGGUACUAAUGGAAUUCCAGGAUUUCCAGGAGAGAAGGGUGAACAAGGUCUUCCUGGCACUGGUGCCCCUGGGCUUGAUGGUGUUCCGGGAGCAAAAGGUGAAAAGGGUGAUCCUGGCUUCCCUGGCCCUCCUGGAACUCCUGGAUUUCCAGGAAGUAGAGGAGAAAAGGGAAAUCAAGGCCUACCAGGUCAGCAAGGCUUUCCAGGUUUACAAGGUGUACCAGGAAUUUCAGUAGAGGGAGCAAAAGGUGAAAAAGGACUGCCAGGCUUACAAGGAAUUCCAGGUUUACCUGGUGAUCAAGGAUUACAAGGUCCUCCUGGAGAUCCUGGAAGCAAAGGAGAGAAAGGGGAUCAUGGUUUACCUGGCAUACCUGGCCAAACUGGAAGUAAGGGAGAUCGAGGACACAUUGGCCCUCCUGGUCCUACUGGUGUGACAGGGCUUGAUGGGGAAAAAGGGGAAAAAGGUACUGAAGGAGUGACAGGAUUACCAGGUGUGAAAGGGUCUCCUGGAUAUAUGGGUCCAAAAGGAGAUAUAGGUUAUCCAGGUUUCCCUGGACCAACAGGUGUACCAGGCCCACCAGGACCUCCUGGUCUAUUUCAGCUUAUUAAAGGAGACCCCGGUGACCAAGGCCCUCCUGGUCCAGCAGGUCCACAAGGAUUUAUUGGAACAUCAGGACCUAAAGGAUUUCAAGGACCAUCUGGACCAAAGGGUGAUCCUGGAAAGGAUGGAACUCCUGGAAUUGAUGGUCUCCCUGGUCAGAAAGGAGAUGCUGGUCCUGACGGUCCAUUAGGACCCAGGGGGUAUCCAGGACCACCAGGUGCUGACGGUAUUCAAGGUCCCCCAGGUUUACCAGGACCAUCAUCCAUAGCUCAUGGAUUCCUUGUGACCAGACACAGUCAGUCUACAGAAACUCCGGAAUGUCCUUUUAGAACAAAAAAAAUCUAUGAUGGCUUUUCUCUACUGUAUGUACAAGGCAAUGAAAGAGGCCAUGGACAAGAUUUGGGUACUGCUGGAAGCUGCCUUCGUAAGUUUAGUACAAUGCCGUUUUUGUUUUGCAACAUCAACAAUGUCUGCAAUUUUGCAUCAAGAAAUGACUAUUCAUAUUGGUUAUCAACUCCUGAACCUAUGCCAAUGAGUAUGGCUCCUAUCACUGGGGACAGCAUUCAACCCUUCAUUAGCAGAUGCUCUGUUUGUGAAGCUCCCACCAUGGUAAUGGCAGUACACAGCCAGACAAUUCAGAUCCCUCCAUGCCCUGAAGGAUGGACUUCUUUAUGGAUUGGCUAUUCUUUUGUAAUGCACACCAGUGCUGGAGCAGAAGGCUCUGGACAGGCUCUAGCAUCUCCUGGAUCAUGUUUAGAAGAAUUCCGUAGUGCUCCAUUCAUUGAAUGCCAUGGUCGUGGAACAUGUAACUACUAUGCCAAUGCUUACAGCUUCUGGUUAGCCACUAUUGACAACAACAGCAUGUUCAAGAAACCUGUGCCAUCAACUUUGAAAGCAGGAGAAUUACGUACAAACAUUAGUCGAUGCCAUGUCUGUAUGAAGCAGACAUAAUACACACUGAUUUAUUUAUGGCAUAUGCAAUGACUUUUCAAACUAUGGUGCUACCCUUGAAGAGAUUUACAACUAUAUCUUGUGUACCUCACUGUUGUAUAAAAUGGAGAAAAUGCAUUUUUUCUAAAAAGGAGAUUAAGCCAUUAACAUAUUCCUCUGCAGGAAAGUGCCUUGUAAAUGGAACCCAGCAAGAGUAAGCUAGCAAAAGGCACCUUGAGAAGCAAGUCAACGCACUGAUGAUAUAUGGAAAAGGCUUGCUACGAAAUUUGGAAGUGCUGCUUUUUUGCUACACCUUUUCUUAGAUUAUGUCUGCACUGUGUCAGAAACAUAAGAUGGACUCUUAAGAGAAUCUGAAUUUGAAUUCUUCAGAUAAAAACCACUAAACAGCAGUAUGUGAAUAUGUGAGUAUUGACCAUGCUCCCCAUUGUUAAAGUAAUACAAUAAAAAUGGAUUUUCAUUUUAUACAGUGUAUUAAGUUAUAUUAUGGCAUCAGAUUACUUGUGAUGGUCAUGUGAUUUUAACACCAAUUGCUGUUGUAAGGUAGAUCUGCCCAAAUACUGUUUCUGUAUAUUUAGUCAUGUAACUAAUACAUUUACAAGACACACUGCUUGAGUAAUAGUGAUUUAAAUGGACCAUGAAUACUUCAUGAGGCACAGGCAUGUUGUAUAUAUAUCUUAUUAAACAUACAUAUGUAAUAAAUAUAUACUUGUGCCUUAUGAAGUGGGGUCAUGGAAAUGCUUACAUUAAUACUGACACUUAGAUUCAUUACCUUGCAAUAAGUAAUGAUAAAUUUAUUACUGGCUUCUAGAACGGUUCACUACAGUUUUGUGACUGAAGUUUUCAGUAAGCAACAUCUGCUUUGUAAGUUAAUGUUAGAAACAGUAAAACAAAACAGAAUGAAGAACAUAAAUAUGUAAAAUGUAGGAAAAUUGCUGCACUUAAAGCCUCAACACACAGACAUGGCAGAAUCCCAAAUACAGUCACCCAUGUCUAGCAUCUUAACAGUAUCACUGCCGUUUUACAAUUCCUUGUACUUGUACAUUUUUUUUCUGUUAUGUUAGAAACUUUUCUUUUAAAAAUAUUAGUGCCAUUUUAUUGAUUUCUUUCUUGUAUAGUAUUUUAUAUACAGGACACAGAAAAAUAAAGUAUGCUUCUUUCGCGAAGUGUAAGUACAUUCCAUAAGUUGUUGAAGUUACUUGAAUUACACACCAGUAUGUUCACAGGCAUUAAUAUGUGACACCCCUUGCACUGGCUCAGUAAUCAAGGAGCCUCAAUCCUCACCACUAGCACCAGUGAGG